AUGACCAAGUUUCGACCAUGUAUCGAUCUACACGCUGGCCAGGUCAAACAGAUUGUGGGGGGAACUCUGACAGAUGCAUCGUCGGACCUGAAAACAAAUCAUGUUUCCAAUCUUCCUGCAUCGCACUUUGCGAAGCUUUACCGAGAAAAUAAUCUUCAAGGGACGCACCUGAUCAUGCUCGGGCCAAAUAAUGAGGAUGCUGCCAGAGAAGCAUUAUUGGAAUGGCCAGGCUGCAUACAAGUAGGUGGUGGUAUCACAGAUAUCAAUGCAAUGCAGUGGAUCAAAUGGGGCGCUGAAAAGGUAAUUAUCACCUCAUUUCUCUUCCCCGAUGCCUCAUUUGCUCAGGAGCGUCUUGAUGCAGUAAUUGCGGCGCUCGGAGGUCAAAGGGAACGGCUUGUCAUUGAUCUAAGCUGUCGAAGGAAUGGGUUAACGUGGUUCGUGGCCAUGAACAAAUGGCAAACCAGAACCAAUAUGGAGGUGAAUCAAGCUACCAUUGAGCUCCUCGAGCCCUAUUGCUCCGAGUUUCUGAUCCACGCGGCUGACAAUGAAGGCCUCCAGUCUGGCAUCGAUACUGACCUAGUAACUAAAUUAGCAUGCUGGUCUAGUAUUCCCGUGACUUAUGCUGGUGGUGGUCGAAGCAUCAGUGAUUUAGAUCUUGUCAAAAGCCUCAGCAACGGCCGGGUAGACCUUACCAUUGGCAGUGCUCUCGACAUAUUUGGCGGCUCUGGUGUUGGCUUCGAAGAUUGCGUUGCAUGGAACAAACUGGAAACAUAA